AUGCCGAGCUCACGACGUGCCAUCAUGAAGCACAUAUUGUCCGGACUGUGUAACAAAAUGAAUCGCACCAAAGUGGUGCCCACUGAUGUAAUGGAGACGCCGCUGAAUCGCUGCCUGACCACCUUUGACAUUGCUCUGCUUGGCAUUGGACAUAUGGUUGGGGCUGGCAUUUACGUGUUGACUGGAACGGUGGCCAAGGAAAUGGCAGGUCCUGGCAUUAUACUCUCGUUUGUGCUGGCUGGCUUCAUCUCAAUGCUGGCAGCUCUCUGCUACGCGGAAUUCGGAACGCGAGUGCCCAAGGCUGGCUCCGCUUACGUCUACACCUACAUAUCAAUGGGUGAGUUCUGGGCAUUUGUCAUUGGCUGGAACAUACUGCUGGAGCACAUGCUUGGCGCUGCAUCGGUGGCACGGGCCUGGAGUGGCUACGUAAACUCCAUGCUGGGCGGAUGGAUUGGCAAUACUACCUUGGAGUUGACGGGCGGCAUCCAUGAGCCAGGACUGGCCCAGUAUCCGGACAUACUUGCCUUUCUAGUCUGCAUCGUCUACGCCGCAGCACUGGCCAGCGGCGUGAAGGCCACGGCGGUCAUCAACAGCCUCCUCACCCUGGUCAACAUAGCUGUCAUGGUGCUCGUGAUAAGUGUGGGCUUCUGGUAUGCGGACACCAAGAACUGGUCAGAGGCUGAAGGCGGCUUCCUGCCCUACGGCGUUGGUGGUGUCAUUGCGGGCGCCGCUACCUGCUUCUACGCGUUUGUCGGCUUCGACUCGAUUGCCACGUCGGGGGAGGAGGCCAAGAGUCCCGCCACAUCCAUACCCAUUGCCACAAUAAUCUCGCUGUGUGUCGUCACGGUGGGAUAUAUUCUGGUGAGCGCAGCUCUGACACUCAUGAUCCCGAUUAGCGACAUUAAUCCAGCGGCCUCCCUGCCUGAGGCAUUUGGCCAACUAAAUCUGUCUUGGGCCAAGUACAUCAUCUCCAUCGGAGCUCUCUGCGGCAUGACCACCACAUUGUUGGGCUCGUUGUUCGCUCUGCCCCGCUGCAUGUAUGCCAUGGCCUCCGACGGCUUGCUCUUUAGUUGUUUCGGCAAAGUGAAUGCCAAGACCCAGGUGCCAUUGCUGAAUCUGGCCGUGUCUGGGAUUCUGAGUGCCACUCUCGCUCUGGUGUUUGAUCUGGCCAAGCUGGUGGAGUUCAUGUCGAUUGGAACACUGCUGGCGUACACCAUCGUCUCGGCCAGCGUGAUUAUCCUGCGUUACAGACCCAUGUCACGGCUCCACAAUCCCAUACGGGCACCCGACACCCCCGGCAGUCCCGAUGAUGUCUCCGACGAGGACUCAAUGUCGCAGUCGAGCCUGGACACCGCAUCUUCGCCCACGAAUUUCUUGAUCGAGGAAGGACUGGCUGGACGACUGAAGACAAAGUUCCGCUACCUUGAGCCACUUCUGGGACGCUUCGAGCCCGGUUCCGUCGUCUCUGUGGCUGUUAUGCUCUACAUCGGUCUGUGCUUUGCCAUCUGCGUGGAGCUGAAGGUUUCCUGGACGGAACUGUACUCGGGCACCUGGUGGGCCCUGCUCAUCUAUGGAUUCAUCAUCUUUGCCGCCUGCCUCUGUGUGGCCGUUAUGGCGGUGCACAAUCAAAACACACGCGGCUUAGUUUUCAAGGUGCCACUGGUGCCGUUUGUACCGGCGCUGGGAAUCUUUUGCAACAUUCUGCUGAUGGUUCACCUGGACGCUGUGACCUGGGUACGCUUCUUUGUGUGGGUUUGCAUUGGCUUGGUGGUGUAUUUUCUGUACGGCAUUCAUCACAGCAAUGAGGGUGAAACGUGCUCCUCGUAUUCCAUUCUGAUGACAUCCUCCGAGGCUGGAAAAUUGCCCUGGGGCUCGGUGAAAGGUUUUGCAUCUGGGAAAAUUGGAAGGCAUACUGCCAUAGAGAGAUUUACGGGUCGCACAAAGGCAGAAGAAAAGAGAACCAUUGCGGAAGAGAGUGAUAAUGAUGCUGCUGGGUAUUCCUAAGUCCCAGGCCCUACGUAUGUAUACUCUGAAACCACUCCGAAGGCUCUAUACUCGUACUUAACAUAACCCAUCCGAAUUCUGAUGCAUUCUUUAAUGGCCUGUGUACUAAAAUAUUAAGUGAUAUUCUGAGAAAUGUGCUCGAGGUAAAUCAAAAUUGAUCGAUAGCGAAGUACCUUUGCCACAAAACUAUACAUUUUAGCCGUGUCUACCGAGAAUUAUUUACAUAUAUGUACCACUAUUUCGAUUCUAUACCUAUACAUAUAUUAUAUUCUACUAUAUACCUUUAUUGAAAACGUACAAAAAUAUAUAUAUAUAUAUAUAACGGUAUGCACACAGCGC